AUGCCCAAACGUAAGCAAAAUCAGCUGCAGGUGCCCGUUGAGGGAGGAAUUUCCUCCUCAUCCGAAGAGGUUCUCGCUCCUGCCCCCUUUGACAUUGAAAAGCAGACAAAAAAAGAGGCACAAAAAAUUGAGAAAGAGCGUAAGCGCUUGGAAAAUCUCCGUGUUCGCAUAAAAACAGCCAAGAAAAUAGGAAACAAACUAGCAACGCAUCUUUCCGGUGUCGCUGCCUUUGGUGUCGAUAUGAAGAAGCUUUCAAAGGCACUUUCACACCGCUUUGCAUGUGGAUGCUCUGUCACCAAAGGACCCACAGGCGAAGACGAAAUAAUUAUCCAAGGUGAUGUGGCAUCAGAGACACUUUCCUUUCUCACAACAAAUCCAGACUGGAAGGACAUCUUUCUUGCCUCUCAGAUUGAAAUAAAAAGCAAAUAA